AUGGGCACGCGACAUGAGCAAGCUAGCCGUUGGUUCUGCAAGUCCUGCACCAACGAUCGGACGGGGAAGCCGUGGUGGAAUAUGGUUCACGCGAAGAAGUGUGCGGUGUGCGGGCUGGCCAAACAGGUGGGUUUCAAGUGCAAUGCUACGAAGCAAGGGGCCCCUUCGGUCAGCGCCAAGCCGCCCACGCCGACGCCGCCGUGGAGGGAAGCCGGGCAGGCUGCCCAGGCCAAUAUCAAGGAGUUCGAGGCGCAGGUCCGUCAGCUGCAGCUGCAUGGCGACAAGCUUCGGGCGUCUCCGACCGCUGGUGCGGACGGGGCUACGGCUACGGCGCAUGCUGAAACCUUGCAGACGGAGAAGGAAGAUAUCGAUGGUACGUUACAGGCCUCACGGCCCAUGUACGCGAAGUUGCAGACGUUGCCGAACAGGCUCAAGGCCGCGGCGAAGCGCGCGGAGGUCUCGAGGGAGCUUGCGCAAGCCCGGCAGGAGCAGUUCGCCGAGGUCCAGAAGAGCCUCCAGGAGGCCAAAGCGACUUUGGGGGAGCAGCAGAAGGAAAUGGCGGCACUCAGUGCGCAAGCGCAGGCGUUGACAUCGGCGGAUCCACAGACGCCUGAGGCGGCGAAGCUCCCCGAGAAAGGGCUCAACCUGCAGCUUGAUGUGGAGGCGAUGGGCAAGUUCCUGGAGCAGCAGGGCUCGGGGGGGCAGUCUGGCGCGCUGGCGCGCACGCUGGCCAAGGAUAUGCAGGCCCUGCUGGCCCCGAACGUCGCGCCAAAGCAGGAGAAGGGCGCCCACCCCUCCGCCGACUCGGGCGGGGGGGGCAGGGGCUCCGCAGCCCGCUGCCGCCCCGGCGCAGCAGAGAUCAGCAUGGAAGCCAUCGUCGAGGACGCCAAGGAGGAGGUCCUGCGCGCGUCCCUCGAGGCGGUCUGGCCGACGGACGUGGCGCAGCAUCUGCCUGCGGACUCG